GCCCGAACUCGUCGUCCCCCUGCCCCAGGUUCCAAAACGCGAUGCCACGACAAAGCAAUGAGCCGCGGACAAGCUGGGUGAAAAAAACAAACAUAAAACCACUACAGCGCCGAACGCCGCGCGGCCAAGCUACUAGGUGCGAGGGUUGUCUCUCUCGGCCGACGCCCGACGACGCCACCGACGCCCCGCGCCGCGCGGGCCGCGAGCGAAAUGGCCUCCUCCGCGUCCUCCUCCUCUUCCUCCUACUCCUCGGCCGGCUCCAUCUCCACUCCCCGUCCACCCAGACACCCGCACGGUGCCGCCGCCGCAUCGUCAUCGUCUUCUUCGACCUCCUCCUCCUCCCCCGUCUUCCUCAACGUCUACGACGUGACCCCGGCCAACGGCUACGCGCGCUGGCUGGGGCUGGGCGUGUACCACUCGGGCGUCCAGGUCCACGGGGUGGAGUACGCGUACGGGGCGCACGAGGGGAACGGCAGCGGCAUCUUCGAGGUGCUCCCCCGGCGGUGCCCGGGCUACGCCUUCCGUGAGUCCGUGCUCGUCGGCACCACGGAGCUGACCCGCGCCCAGGUGCGCGCCGUCAUGGCCGGCGAGCUCGCCGCCGAGUUCCCCGGCGACGCUUACAACCUCGUCUCCCGCAACUGCAACCACUUCUGCGACGCCGCCUGCCGUCGCCUCGUCGCCCAGGCCCGCAUCCCGCGCUGGGUCAACCGGCUCGCCAAGAUCGGGGUCGUCUUCACCUGCGUCAUCCCCAGCGGCAACGGCAAGCAGCAGCAGGCGCGCCGCCGCAACAAGGGGGAGCCGAGCGCCCGCGCCAGGAGCCGAUCCGCGCGCCAGGCCGCGGAUGCCGCCGCGCCGCCGCGGGCCAGGACUUUCUUCCGCUCCCUCUCCGUCGGCGGCGGCACCAAGAACGUGACCCCGACGCCGACGCCGCCGCUGGACCCCGUCUUGACGUCAACGUCGUCGGUCUCCACGUAACGGCGAUAUUCAUUAAUUCCUCUUGCUUUUUACAGCUCACAUCUCUUUUUUUUUCCUUUCCUUUUACAGUUUUAUCAUCUGUGCAUAUACUGGAAAUUAAAACCUGUGCUUUUGCUAGUGCUGUACCAGUACUAAUACCAGUGAUUGCAGUUGAUUAGGAUGUUAAUCUCCAGCGUUAAUUCCUUCCCGGCACUAAUUAACAGCGGCAGGGUUACUGUCAAGUGUCAACAACAUGUACUCCAGUAGUUUCCGGCCGUUGGCUCGUUGCUACCUGCAACCUACACGUAGUACUCUACGUUGUAAUUAACGACGUCCAUGGUGUGUUUGUGACCGUGUGGCAUAGAUCCAAUUCUUCUGGGCGAGCCAUCCAAUAGGAAUAUAUUCUUGCCUCCUUUGGAUUUAACUACCU